AUGGCCAUGAACCAGGACGACUCGCAGCCCAUGCCGGCGGAGCGCCUGCCGCCGUCGAGCAUUGACAUUCUGUCCGGCUUCACGUGGCACCACGGGGGCUACCUCAAGAAAUACAGCGGGAUGAAGGGGGAGAAAACAUUCCAGGCGCCCUCUGUGUUCCACACCGAGUACGACAAGGGGCCCGUGGGCCUCGCUUCCAUCUACGCCACGCCCUCGCGCCCCGGGGUCGUGCGCAUAUUCGCCAAGUUCACCUUCAAAAGCGCGCCCAAGGGGCUGUUCAAGCUGAUGUCAAAAGUGCCCCACUGGGUGUUCCUGGGCCUCAAGCUGCAGGACCAGGACACGGUCAUGAACGCCAGGCAGGCGGAUUACAUGAGGCGCGAGGGGCUGACUCACCGCGAUUACUACAGCCCCUCCCGCGCCGACGUCGGCGUGACCGCCGCACACGCCUGGUUCGAAAAGGCGGGGUACCAGGAUAUGUGGCGCGCGCGCAUGAGCCCUGCCGCGCUGGCCACCGCCGCAGCCAAGCCUGACGCGACUCUGGAUCAGAUGCUUGACCACUGGGACCGCCACACCAAGCACUGCAAAGUCUGCCAGGAGGGUAUGGCUGUGAUGGAGAAGGCCGCAGCGUUCUCGCGUGUCGCUGCCGUCGCCCUGGGCAUCCUCGCCGCCUGCCUCGCCGCCGCCGCGCGCGCCGUGACGCCCGGCGCCGCCGCGGCCGGCGCAGCGGCGGCGUUUGCAGCGUGGCUGGCGGGGCGGCUGGCCAGGGAGUCCUACGAGAGGUUCGUCAGCGGAGCACCCGCGUGGCGGCGGGACGGCGGGCUCUCGCUGGUCAAGGGGGCCACAGGCGGCCCCAUCAAGCUGUAG